AUGUCUGUCUACUGGGCAGAAACUUGCCGGUCAUCUGUGGUGGAGGGUAGUAAGGGUGAACAGUGUCAAAGUUUCUGGAGUCUAAUCCCAGCUGAGGAACAAGGUGUCUUGUAGCUCUUCAUUGGAAUUGAGGUCCUGAAUAUAUUUCUGAUGCUGACAAGUGCCCUCCUCUUGGGUACAAAAGUGAGUUAUCACAGUUCAGGAUUCAACUGGCUCAAGGUGGAUGCCUUGGUGGCCAUUCUCAUGAUGCUUGAAGGUACAUUCCAGCAUGUGGCUCACAUGAUGUACACAACUAUGUUUCAAAUCUCUGUGAACCUUGGACCAGAAGACUGGAGGCCUCAGAUGUGGGACUAUGGCUGGUCAUAUUGCCUUGCCUGGGGUUCUUCUGCCAUCUGUAUGGCCGUGGCUAUGACCGCCACCAGUAGAUACACCACAGCCAGCCUGGAGUGUUGGGAGAAGCAGAGGGCAACGCAGAGCAGUCAGCGCCCUCAGCACAACAACCUAGGAACUGACACUCUGAAGGAUAUGUGGCAAACAGAAGCUGCUCCCAACCCUGCUAGACUUGUCCUUGUGAAGGUAGCCUGGCCUCUGCCACCAGGUGCUCCAGGCAAGGUGUCUGCAUGCUAG